CGUCCCGGCAGGCAGUUCCUACCCCCGAGCGGCUGCUGGGCCGCCCGUAGCUGUGGCGACGGCUGGUGGCCUUGACCUCUGAGUUAGGGGAAGGGAGAUGGCGAGCGUCCGCUGCGGCCCUGGCCAGGCUAGACUGCUCCCUCUCUUCCCCGGGCUCGGCGUGGGAGUCUGAGCGCCCUGCAGACAUUCUGCAGCCCGGGCUUCUCGGCCUUAGGCACGUGGGUGAGGACAGACCAGACGAGGCCGUGAGCGUGGUGGGAUAGGGGCAGGGGACCGGGAACCUAGAGGAGGGAGAAGGGCAGACCCUUGGACCUGAUCUCCUUGCGCUCUCAUACCCGGACCGGGCUCAGUAACGGUCAGAAUGAAUUCUUCCACCCAGUAAGGUCUCCUCUGCCCUUGUUAGCAGUUCUCAAAUCUCGGACUGCGGCUUAGCGUCUCCUUGGGCCUCCGAGGUCCCCGGCACAAGGGCAGGUUUCCCGGCAACCUUUACCGUUUGACCUUCACCGGACGCUCAGGCUCCUUCAGUGCGGGGCUGGAAAUAUUUGCCACUUUUGCCUCUUUCGUUUUGACACCCUGGAGAUGACUUGUUAGAGUAUCUAGCUUCUUGUAAUCAGCAAAGGCACCUGCUGUGUUCCUGCCGCCUUUCGAGGGCGGGUGGUUAGAUGACUGCGGUGGUUUUACACAAAUGUCAUGUGGCCUGUGCUUUGGACCGUGGUGCGUACCUAUGCUCCCUAUGUCACCUUUCCCGUGGCCUUCGUGGUUGGGGCUGUGGGCUACCACCUGGAAUGGUUCAUCCGGGGCAAGGAUCUCCAGCCUGUGGAGGAGGAGAAGAGCAUCUCGGAGCGCCGGGAGGACCGCAAGCUGGAUGAGCUGCUAGGCAAGGACCACACCCAGGUCGUGAGCCUUAAGGACAAGCUGGAAUUUGCCCCUAAAGCUGUCCUGAACAGAAACCGCCCGGAGAAGAAUUAAUGGAGGACACAGGGCCCUAUGGGUCCUUCUGGGGGCCAGGACUGGUCCUGCCACCAUGUCGACCCAGCAACCAGAACCCACAUCUGAUUUGCUUUAUUGCUGCUUCUGGCCCCUCCCGCCCCACACAGCCACACACAUACUGGCUGCUCUGCUAUGGCCAGGCAGACACACUAGUAGCUGAGGGGCCAGUGAAGAGGAAGGCCCGUGAGGGUUCUGGCCUGAAGGCUGCCUCUGCUGGAUGGUGGCCACAGCUGCUCAGGCUUCUGCGCUGCUAGGUGCACCACUGGGAGGAGAGUGAUGAAGUGAACAUUGGCCGUCAGUCCCUGUGGGGAGGCAGUUUGGCCUCAGGUGGGAGUGGCUGGGAUUGGGGUGAUGCCUUUAGGAGGGGUACCUACAUGCCUAGUUCUGGUUUGCACUGGGAAGAGUUCGGAAAUCUCCCUGGCUCCCUUAGCUAGCUUGCUCUGUCCUUUGUGCGCAUUCUGUCUGGAAUCCUGUCCUGUCAGCUCAGGAAGGGGAUUCCCCUGGGAAGGAAAGCUGUUUUCUGUUCUUGGGAGCCCAGGCUGUUCACCUUGGGGCAGGUGAAUUUGCUUGAAAACAGUCAUUGUCUUUCACCCCCCACCCCGUCACUGUGUAGUGCAAAACUUGAUUAAAGUGGCGUCUGAGAACCA